AUGAAGAUAGAAUUCGAGAGCUGUGCAGCAAAGAUGAAGUAUCUGCUAGAAGUUUCGCUGAUGGUGAGAACAAAAAGCAAGCUGCUUUCGUCUGCUGCGCCUCGUCUAGAACGUUCGGCAUCGGCUUCUCUUCGAGAUAGAGUUGCUUCUCUAAACUGCGCCGUUGUUGGGCUCCCUUCCAAGCCGACAAGCAAUAAUUCACUUAUUUCGAACUUCUCUUAUUUAGCGUGUGGAAUAGGAAUUUUUCUGGGAUUAUUAUUGUGCCGUCGUCAGCUUGAUUAA